UGAGUCAAUCCUGACCUGCGUGAGAGCUGGUACGUGCAACGCUCCGACUUUUGCGCGCUCAGUUGUUGCCCCCCUGUCAGCUCGUGCAGUAUUAAUAUAUACACGCACAUUCGUCUAUAACCGUAGUGCAUACCUCGACUAGUAGUACACCGCAGUUGUAAUCGCGUGCAGUGCUGCGUCAAGAUACGCAAUAUAUCACCAGAGUUCGAUCGUAUAGAAAAAAAAAACAAUGAUACCCGACAAGAUAAAAGUGCUGGGCAAGCUACAUCGGCUGCACAAUCACCAUCAUCGUCAGGAUCGCGAGGAUCGUCUGGCCUGCAGAAAAGCGGCCCACUGGAGCAAGAAGAGCCAGCGCGUGGCCCGUAAGAUGUCGAAACUCGAGGAAAAGUUGCGCAGGUACAAAGACAACUGCAGCGCGCUCGUGGUCGAUCUCGACGAGGACGGGAACGAGGUGGAGGCGUUGUCUUCUUCGAGCAUCAACAACGACGACGCACCUCUCGAACGUGCCGAUCGUCGUCAUCAUCGACAUCAUCAUCAUCAUCGUCGUCGUGGCGACGGCCGAGAUCAUCGGCGCAACGAUAGCGCCGCCAGCUGCUCAGCCGACAACGGUGACAGCAGUGACAGCAGCAGCAGCAGCAGCGAUAGCGACAGCGACGACUCCAAGUCCGCUGGCAGCUCUCGAUCGGUCUCGCCUCGUCAACGUCGCCGUCGUCAUCAACAUCCUCAUCAUCAUCAUCAUCAUCAACGCCAUCAACGUCGCGGCAAGCCGAGCGAUACCGCCAAUCGCGACGCCCAGGACGACGACGGUAUCUACGGCUGCGUCUACAGGAUCCUGUCGCGCAGCGAGCCGAGCCUCCAUGACGAAUCCACUGACGCUGCCGCUGCUGCUGCGGUAGGAGAAAGUCAGUCGGCGGUAGUUGCGGAGUCGCCAGUGGUAGUCGUCGACCUUGAGGCGCACAGCUACUGUACGGCUCGCGACGACGACGACGGCGAUUCAGUCGCUCCCGCGCAAUUGUUGCAGGACUGCGAAACGAUGAACGAGGACGAGGAGAUCGAGGACGUCGACGAUUUCGUCCUCGAGGACGGCUGGAAGAAGAUCGUCCUCGAGGGCCUGCCGGCCGAGGAGAAGGCGGCCCUGACGAGCAAGUACUCCGUGGCCAAGAGGGCGCACAUACUCCAAGCGCCGAGGCUCAAUCCGGAGCUGCGACUCGUCGCCGGGCCACGAGCUCUCGAGCGCGACCAGCUCCUGGCCAGCCAGCAGAGCCAGCUCGGCUCGGGACUCAAGGCCCUGGCCCGGGGUCUCGCCAGUCUCAGGGGCUGCACCGAGAUCGAGAAGAAUCCGAGCGUCGUGGAGGCUCUGGGCCAGCUGGAGGACGCCUCGCGUCUACUGCUGGACGCUCAUCGCGACGCCAGUCGAGCUCGACGGCUGGAGAUGCGCGCGGAUCUGCGCCACGAGGCGAGGGACGCCCUAGAUGGAGCAGCGACGAACGACGAGGAUGGAUGGCUGUUCGGCGGCGAGGCGACGGCGGCCAGGCUCAAGGAUCUGCGCUGCUUCAAGAAGUGCCAGAGACGCGAGGAGAGACGCGAGGCGAGAAGCGAGAAAGGACAGAAGCGAAAGCUCGCUCAGGGCCGCGCGGCCGAGUCCAAACGAACGACGACGUCCGGUGACAACAGCAGCAGCAGCAAGAAACAGCUCGAUAAUUUGGCCGAGCUGUCGAUAAAAAAUUCAUGAACGACGCGAGAUGUACCUCGUUUAUAUUAUAUUCAUUUAGUAUUACAUUCGUCGUGCACUUGGUGGAGGAAGUACUUUUUUUUUACGAGCAGCGCAUCGAUUCGACGUACAUAUAGAUUGUAAUCGCGCACGUCUGGACUCGGAUAUAUAUGUGUACCUUAUACAAUGUCAAUCUUGACUCGAUCGAUGCGUACAUAGGAUUACGAGAGAUAUUUAUAAUCAAUUUGCAGUAUAUAAAAUUAUUAAAAAAAAAAAAAUUGUAAACAUCGUUCGCGCCUCUCGAAUACUUUCGAGAAGCGAGAGAGAUAAAGGUUUUUUCUCUUCUUGUUUGAUAAAUAAAAAUUUAUAUGGUUUAACGCCAAAAUUUAAACGAA